UUAUAGGAUAUGAUGGAUCAGCAGGAACACAGUGCUGACAUGGAGGAGGAUUAUAUUAUAGCAGGACUAGACUGUAAGCAUGGAGAGUUACAUGUUACUGUGUGUGUGUGUGCGUGUGCGUGUGUGUGUGUGUGUGUGUGUUUGAACGGAUUUAGAUUGGGAGUCUAUUGUCUGAUUCACACUGCGGAGCAGAAGGUGGCGGUAAUGCGCCAAUAAAAUAGAUGCCAACUGCCGUAAAAGAAGAGGAAGAAGAAGAAGAGGAGCGUGGUAGCGGCUAGCAUUAGCGGCAUAGCGGCUAGCAUUAGCUUCACACACACAUUAGCCUGUUCCUCCGGCAGCAGUUACCGGGAGUUACCGGCAGAUACCGGCAACUCUAGUCCGUGCUGAAGAUGAGCGCGGACCCGCAGCGUACUCUCAGGUCCCUGCUGGUCUCUGAGAGGUCCAGUUUCCUGGAGGAAAAGAAUCGGCUCAGUGCGCAGGCGCAGGAGCACCACCUCAACUACAAGGUGUCUGUGCUGCUGCCUGAAUGUAGCUCCGCCCCCUCUCACCUGGACGCAGCAUUAAAGAGUUUCAGCAGUUUCUACCUGAUCAGGAAGCUGCCCCUGUAUGAACUACUGGACAAACAGUUCCUGGAGACCGCCGUGUACCAGGGUAGUGUGUAUGGGCUGUCGUACAGGAGCAGGAUAGAUCAAGAGAACUGCGUCGCUUUGACGCCAAACGGCCGCCUGUCUCUCUCUCUGGAUAAAGACUCCUAUGAGCUGUUGGGAGUUGAGGGAAAACCAUCGAGAUUCAACCACAGAACAACCAGCAGAUUCGUUGUAUCUGUCGACCUGACGGACAGCAGCAUGGCGCCAGGUGGGCGGGGCUACCAGCGCCUCCUCACAGGUCUGACAUCACACGUUCAGCUGCAAAGUGACUUCCUGUUGUCGCAUCAUCCAGGGGGCGGAGCCGCUCUGCAGUCCCUCCUGUCUCGUUACGAUUGGUCAGAGCACUCACCUGAGGUCAGCAGCCGCAGUCUGACUCACCUGUCCUGCCCCACCCUGCUGACCUCUGACCUGCAGUCAUGUGACCCGCACAGCUUCCUGGAGUGGCUGGGAGCCGUGGACGCCGAUAUCGGCUGUGAGAACUCGUCCAGCAGCUUCCUGUCAUCACUCGUCUGUCCUGAACCGACGGUGACGGCGAGUCGAUCGCUGAGCGUCUCCGUCUGCGGCCUGCUGCUCCCCCAGGACGUCCACCGCCUCAUCCAGGAGCUCAGGUGUUACCUGGAGCAGCCUCGCCUGGCGCCCUGGGUGGCGUUGACAGUUCACGGUUUUACUGACAGUCCAGUGUCGUGGGGCAACAGCGAGCACGGCGUCCUGACAGGAGGAGAAAACUUCUACACCCUGCUGCUGUUCCAUGACCACACCUACCGCCUCCACCUGGCCACCGGAGCUCCCCACACCUGUCCGCCAUGACCACACCUGUCCUCCACGCCGACCCCUGUCCUCCACGACCACACCUGUCCUCCACGCCGACACGUGUCCUCCGUGAUGCUGCAACACCUUUAUUUUUAGUUUCGUUUUCUGUCGGCCAUUUGAGAUUUUUGUUGGCUAUUUUAUUUUUGCUUCAGAAGUUUCAGAAUCUGAAUCAGAUUAAAUAAACACUUUUUAAAACAAGUCGUUUAGAAGAAAGGCAAAGUUAACCUCAGAGGUUGUUUUGUUUCUUCAGGAGGAAAAUAAAUCUUUGGCUGAGAUGUUCGAUUUCUUUUAUCGUCUCAUGUUCAGACUCACGGCGUCCCUGCGGAGGCCUCGGACCUCAUGUUGGGAGUCACUAAGGACAUGAAACUGUCAGGUGUUUAACGUGUCGUUUGGUUGAGUCGUCGUAUUUUCUCAUGUUGAGAUUAAAAUGUUUUUAUAUCGUUUCUUCUGAUCAGAAAAUGUUUCAUUGAGUUGAUAAACGUUUAUUUUUCAUCACGAACUGCUGAAAUAACCAGAAUGUAAUUAUAGUUAUGAUUCAUGAUCUGAUACCAUCUGAGUGCCUAAUAACUAUAAUUAUAUAAUUAUUUAAACAUUGUACAAGACUGUGACAAACAGCUGGUUUGCUGGAUUUUUAUUCAACAUUUUGGGCAACAGUGAAAAUGUUUUGUUUCACUUUAUCUGCAGCGAUGAUGUCACUUCGCUUUCUUCAAUCAAUAAAAAUUUGGUCAAAAAAACAAGAGUUAUCAGAAA